CUCACCAGCCGGCAACAGACUUCAUUUCCCAGCACAACUGGCAAUUGUUGUUGGUCCUCCUCACAACCACCCAAUGGCACACCAAACAGCUGAAGUACUUUCGACGUCCAUACAUCUAACGACCAUUCGUGGAGGUGUUUGGUUGGCCAACGACAUGCACGUCUCAGAUGACCACACACAAGGCCGACACGCUUGGAUUACCCCUCUUCAUUUCUGAUGAUGCUAAGUAUCGGGAUCCUGCCCAUGAAUACACUUUGUCUCGCCUUGUCGCCUUUCCUCAAUCAUUUUGGACCCCAGUUCACCGCCCGAUAACCAGGCCCUGCUGAAUACAACCCUGGAGGCUCGCAUUGACAAUCCUUCCUACCUGGUCGUGAUAAUCAUCGACGAAAUGAGCCUCACUGUUCCCGUCUCCAUUGCCAGAAGCCUCAAUUACAAACAGGCCCUCCAACUCGCCAGACAAUUAGGGCCCGCGGUGAUAGGGCUAACUCAGUUGUGGAAUCAGUGGAGAGACGGGAAGGCUUCAAGACAACAGGAGCAGACGUACCAGGAAAUACGGGACGCUCUACCGCAGUUACUCAACAGUAUUCAAGCGAGAGAAAUUAGGGUCGUCCCCAAUGCGUUUAAUUCGACCCCAGCCUUCCUAGCCUACUUCGAGGCGGCCGCCCUGGGCUCUAUAACCUUGGUACUGUUGGAUGUCGCUAGUGCCAUCAGGAGAGUCGGUGCAAGCCUUGAUGCCAUACGGUCCGAACUCGAGAUUGCAAACAUCGCCAGGGUACAAGGUUGGGGUCACGGUGGGUUCGGCGCCUACGUGCAUCGCUUCGCCCAGAAUGAGAUGGCUGCCGUCGACGGUACACAGGAUGGUCAACACCACUUCUUCUAUGUAUGGCACCCGGACAGCGAUUGGUAUCCUGCAUUCGAAGAAAGACAGGCAGAAAAUCCCCUUGGUCCUGCGUUCGGAGGCUAUCAUCAUGAUCUUGCGACAAUAUGCCUGAGGAUGCGAGCCGAUAGAGAAGCUCUUAUUGCAACGACCGAUUAUGGGCGUGCCGCCAUGUUCCAUCUUGUUAUUCCAGCCUACUACCCGCUCGUGAUGGACCAUCCCAUUGCCUUUGCUGACGAACUGCUACCGCUGGUCAUUACCGGGGGCCGUCAUCGAGGUACCGACCUUGUGUGGCUUGCCGUUUAUCGGUCUCCUAACAGGGAGAGACCGCAUCUCAACUUUGUCAGUCUCCUGCCCCAGGGUCACGAGAACCUAGCGAUAAGUAUGGGAGGGUUUGUCGGUUUUUUGUUGGGUGCGGCUGGGUGUUCAGUUGCAGCAACGGCUUUCCCUCCUUGCGCUCCAGUUGCAGGAAUCGUGAUUGAGCCAUUGAUCGCGUCCGCGUUGGCGUCCUGGACGGUGGGAGCGGCAGGUAUAGUUUAUGAGGUGGCGACAGAAGAAAGCACCCAAAUUCUAGGGGAUCCUAUUUUCUUGGAGUAAGCGUCUUGUGAGGUAUUCCGCACCCAUUUAUGGUAUUCACAGAACUUAUUGGGGACUUGGCUUUUGAAUAUACAAUUGUCCACGUGGCACUGUUAAGAGCGACUCGGCAGGAACCACUAGUAGGGUACGGUCUCUGUUAGAACUAUACCUCAGAGAAUGUUCGAUAUGUGCAAGGCGGCGGAUCCCAGAUGUAGAUGGUAGCCAACGGGUAUAAACGUCUCGGUAUCACAUUGAAUUGGGUGGGGUUUCCCUUUGUUCCGCUAUGCAAGCCCUCCUUUCGUUCAACUCUCGUAACACCUUUGUCCUCUAGUGUUUCUCUGAUCAGUAAUUUUAUAGCCUUGACGAAGCAUUUCUGGCAUUACAA